GCUGAAGCUUCCCGCGUCUGUUUACAUGAUGAACCCCGGUGUUCGUGCUGGUGCGGUCCGUGGGAAAACACUUAGUGCACUGUACCGUUCUGAUGCGGUCUUCGGUGUACAUACUGGUUAUUUCCAUGAGCAUUUUGAUUUAAAUGUGCCCAUGUGGUGCACGACUGUGUUAAGGAAUGUUUCGACAAAGUUUACAAACCCCUGGCGUGGGAACACGAGCAAAAAAAAAAAAAAAGGAGUCCGUAACAGCGCUUCCUGUCAGGUCCGACAACUUCCGGGAUACCGGGUAAUAACAGCAUCAGCUGCUGUGGCCAAGAUGGCGCAGAGCCUGGCAGAGUUGGAAGUUUCCCUGGACGCUGACCAAGCUGGGCACCAAGGGAAGGGUGUUAUGAGGCGUUGCAGAGGACGGCCACGGCUCACGGACACCGACCGAGCUCAGAGGCGCCUCGAAUCCCGAAAGAAGUACGACGUGAGGAGGGUUUACCUGGGAGAGUCGCACAAGCUGUGGAGUGAGCUCCGCCGGCGCACCAGUCUGAGUGAUGCCGGACUGGCAGAAUACCUGAUCCUGCUCAACUCCACCUACGGAGACAAAUACCAGCAGAAGUACUGUGGGAAGAAAAUUGCUCCAGAGGUAAAACAGAAAAAAGGCAGGAAGGAGCGAGUCUCCAGCCUCCAGAGUCUGGUGUGUUGGUACCAGGAGCACUCCUGCUCCUGCCCUCAUGAGCCGCAGCUCAGAGCCCUGGAGCCCCAGCCCAACUUUUCCACUGCUGCCAUCUGGCAGUGUGACUCUGACCACUCAUUUGUGCAAUAUCUUUUCUCACCACCGAGGGAGGCAAGUGACUCUGAGCAAGAAGGGGAAGUGAAUGGAGAGGGUGAUGGAGAGAAUGUAGCAAAGACAGACAUGCCUGUGGCUAAAGGUGUAGUGAGCAGGAAGAGGAGAAAGGAUGCUCACAAACAGUUCAGAGAUGUGGAAGAAAAUGUGGAUGUUUCUGAGACAGAACAUGCCCCCAUGAGCCCCAUAAAACAGAUUACAGCUCUAGACCACCCGUCCAGUAUAGAGACCUCUUCAAAGGAUAAUCCACUGACAGCACAGCCGGUCUGGGAGAUGGAGAUGGUCAUGGAACACCAGCAAGGUUCCCCCGCGGCAGCAUUUUCCUCAGUCCCCUCAGAGGAGGAGGCCGAGGAGGCUGAGGAUCUGAGGCAAGGCAGAGACAGAGAAGAGGAGGAGAUCAGGACUGUGCCGCACGAUUACGACCAUGUUACCGUGACGACGUCCAUAACUGAUAAACUGGAGAAGGUGGACGAGGACUCUGUGCUGACACAGAGCCUGAGCGGCUCAGUCCCGCUGGGAGCUCAGCCGGAGCUGUCUGUCCCGCCGCCCAUGCAAGAGCAGAGCGAGCUGUUUGACCCUCAGACUCUGCAGACGGUGGUGACCAGCUGUGAGAUUCCUGACCAGAGGACCGCUUUGGAAGGCUCACAGUUAAUUAUCAUUACUGGCCCCAGCUAUGAGGCCCUGGCAUCAGAGGGCAUCCAGCUCAACAUGGGCGGCGGGAACAUGGAGGAAGUCACCUGCACUGUCAUCGGGGGUGUCACCUACAACCAGGUUUGCGUGUCUGACUCUAAACUGCAAAGAGUGGAGGAUGAAGACUCCAUGACAGGUUUGAGCGACAAACAGCUGCUGCAGCCCAGUGUUGAUGCUCUGGAGCUGGGUAGUGACCGAGAGCUGCAGCGGAGUCUGAGCGGCGUCCGGUCGAAGAGAAACAGGCGAGGUCCCGUCAUCGAAGCAGAUGGGAUGCUCAAGAUGUUCCACUGUCCGUACGAGGGCUGCAGUCAAGUCUACGUCGCUAUUAGCAGCUUUCAGAAUCAUGUCAACCUUGUUCACAGGAAAGGGAGGACCAAAGUUUGCCCCCAUCCAGGCUGUGGGAAAAAGUUCUACCUGUCAAACCACCUGCAUCGCCAUAUGAUCAUCCAUUCAGGUGUCAGAGAUUUCAUCUGUGAGACCUGUGGAAAGUCGUUUAAGCGCAAGAAUCACCUGGAGGUUCACCGGCGGACCCACACAGGAGAAACACCGCUCCAAUGUGAAAUCUGUGGCUACCAGUGUCGCCAGCGCGCGUCCCUGAACUGGCACAUGAAGAAACACACUCCAGAGGCCCAGUACAACUUCACCUGCGAGUUCUGUGAGAAGAGGUUCGAGAAGCUGGACAGCGUUAAAUUCCACAAGCUAAAAAGCCACCCAGACAAGCAGGCAACCUGAGGUGUCCGGACACUGGUGACAGGAGCUGAACAAGUACAAGUUGGCCCUCCAAAAGCCAGAGGGAAGCAUCCAGUGAGGAUGACAGACUUUCCUUUGCUGUGUUUGUCUUGCCUCUCAUGUCCAGGAUGAUGUGAACCUGUGACCACGCAAGCAGUGAGUGAGGGAGAAAAGUGGGCCCGUCUGUCAGCUGUGCAGGACACAAGCUGUUUCAGAGUACAGCGGCCAGACAUUGGGUUUGAACAUACGUGGUACAGCCGGAAAAAAAACAUUGUCCACUGUUGAUUGAUGAUGUCCAAUUGACCGUUCGCAAGAUCCCACCCCCAGACAGCUAAAUUUACAAAUGAAAUGAUCAACAGAAUGUGAAAAUAGCAAUAUUGACACCAUGAAAUCUGUGUGUUGUGUUGUACAGAUAUCUACCAGAGUUAGCAUGCUAACCAGCCCCGACCUGUCUGGUGCAGAGCUUCUGUGUAAACACUACAAAUACGAACAGUCCCCUGGUGCUCUGUGCUCCCAGUUGAGGCAGCGUAUAUAGCGGUUACUAGUAAAAUGUUGCUUGUUUUUUGUUUAGAAUAUGAAUAAGCAGCUGGCAAGAUCAAGAUCUAGACACACCUGUUCAGUCAACCUCAAGAUUUCUCUACCUGUUGAGAUAAAAAUACUCCAUAUGUGAAGGCAAUGAGGCAAGUAAAUCAUUAGUACGGCUGCCUAACUAGCUUCCUCCUCACAUUUAAGAAGCCCUGUGAAUGAUAGCAAAUCUACUAUGUAUUUUUUCCACCCUGUGUGGGAGCCAGUCCAGGAUGCUUCAUUGUGAGAGUGAAGCUAAGAUUAGCGUCUCAGUUCAGCAAAUUUAAUGAAUGGCACCAUGGCGAAGGCAUGAGCCAGCCCACUGUGCCUCUGUCCGUCUAGCCCUGAUAUUCUUUCUCUAACCCUAACCAAUCAUCACUCCUCACACCUGAAUUUAACCAGCCAAAACAAUGAUGGCAACAAGUACUUGGCGAUCAGAGGCAGAUUAAGACGGGUCAUGCUUUCACCAUGGGUGGAUUCGUAGUUCCGUGCUCCUUGUUGGAGUCGGGAAAGUUUGCCUUCCAGCAGUUUCAGCUAAACUUGUUGAUUGACGUAGCGUUAUGUUCACCAAACACAGUUCUCCUCUUAGAAGUCUUUUCUCUUUUAUUGUUACAAGUAAAACACACAUUUUUGAAUUUUUUUCAUAUUUGAAAAUAUGAUUUACAAUAUAUCACUAAGGUAACGUUUACAUUAUAACAAAAUAAAUCCAAUAGUGCAUUUUCCUUCUCAUCCUUAAAAUACAUGGAUGAAUAAGCGCCACACUGAAACAAAAACAACAAUGCUGCUUCAUUAGUUCUAUCUCUUCUAUGUUAAUCACCAACUGGUGAGGAUGCUGACAUUUUGCCAGGGACUUGUAGCCUCAAUCUUUUCAUGUAUGUAGCCAUCAACUUUAUGUGAGCCCGACUCAGUUUGAAGCCAACCAGAGAGAAAGCUUUCAGCCAACUCAUGUAGCUUACGUUAGCUUAGCUAGCUAGACAGAUAGUCGGUCAUCGCUGGCUAGAAAUUAACUUGAAAUCGGCGACUAAGUGUGCAGCAACAAUGUGGAGGGGUGGGCUUAGUGAACGGUCAUCUCAAAGUUUUUGACAAGACAAAAUAUUUUGCACAUGCCUAACAAUGGUAUGGUCCGCUGAAGAUCAUUUCCAUUGUUACACCCACACAGCAAGUUGUUGUGUUGUUAUAUGGUGGGUCAGUGGGUGAGAUAUCACUACGUGUGUGUUUAUAUACUUGAAAUUAAGGCUGUAAAAAUGGACAUCAUUGAGGUGUUUUCCGUCGCCCUACACUGCUCGUACAGACUCAAAUGUGCAGUUCUCCUUUUCAGUUCUUCUACUGUUGCAUCUGUUUUGUGGGUCAGCUGUCUUGAUCUUAUAUUUUUUCCUUAGUCCUGACUCACAGGUCCCAAAGAGAAAUCCUGUGAGUUUAAUGUGACAGUUUCUCAGGAAAAUUUCCCCUCAGUCUUCUUGUGUUGCUGACUUUUGUUGUAUCUGUGUUUUAGUUGCCAAGAAAAUGCACUUUCCCCCCCCCCCUCCCGAUGAAUCACUAAAACGUGUGAAUAUGA